AAUAUUUUAUUGAUUUGACGCGCUCUCGCGUGUUUUCCAAUUUUUAUAAUUUCAUCAGGUUUUUUAUUUAUUUUUUUGGUUUAAUUUAUCGGACAAAAAAAUAUGGCUGCCGGUCCGAUUGCUGAACGUAAUCAGGAUGCUACCAUCUAUGUUGGUGGUCUUGAUGAAAAAGUUAAUGAAAGUAUUUUAUGGGAAUUAUUCGUACAAGCUGGUCCUGUCGUCAAUGUUCAUAUGCCUAAAGAUCGAGUAACAAAUCUACAUCAAGGAUAUGGUUUUGUUGAAUUUAUGUGCGAAGAAGAUGCAGAUUAUGGAAUAAAAAUAAUGAAUAUGAUUAAACUUUAUGGUAAACCGAUUCGUGUGAAUAAAGCAUCGGCACAUCAGAAAAAUUUGGAUGUUGGUGCAAAUGUUUUCAUCGGUAAUCUUGAUCCAGAAGUGGACGAAAAACUUUUAUACGAUACGUUUUCUGCUUUCGGUGUCAUUCUUCAAACACCGAAAAUUAUGCGUGAUCCAGAAACGGGAAAUUCAAAAGGUUAUGCAUUUAUCAAUUUCGCCAGCUUUGAAGCAUCAGAUGCUGCUAUCGAAGCAAUGAAUGGUCAAUAUCUUUGUAAUAGGCCCAUAACAAUAAGUUAUGCAUUCAAAAAAGAUGCUAAAGGUGAACGUCAUGGUUCGGCUGCCGAAAGAUUGUUGGCUGCACAAAAUCCAUUAGCUCAGGCUGAUCGACCUCAUCAAUUGUUUGCCGAUGCUCCACCAACGGCGCCGACAACUGCAGCUGUUCCUGCACCAAUGUUGACGCCGAUGAUGGUUCCACCAGCUGCACCUUCAGCCAUUCCAACUAUGCCACCACCACCGCCAGUCAACAUGUAUUAUCAUGGACAAGAUGAUCCAGCCGCAACAAUGAAUAUGAUGGCCAUGAACAUGCUGAAUUGGCAACAUGGUCUUCCGGCAGCAAUGCCUCCACCACCUCCGCCACCACCUCCUCCUAUGAUUAAUCAUCAUCCACAUUUGGUUCCACCUCCUCCACCACCACCUUUGCCAUUUCCUGGGGCAAACAUACAUGGAUUUGGUGUGCCACCACCACCUCCUCCUGGUCAAUAAUCAAAAUUAACAACUAAAACUAAAAAGAAAUUAAUUUUGUAAAGAAUAGGUUUUUAUUCACAAAAUUCAUUGUAAUAACAUCAUGCAAAAAAUUACA